UAGUCAUGUGCGUCCUACGUCAUGACGCACCAUCAGCUGUUGACAGACUGAAGCUCUCUUCAAUCUCGACCUCCGGAGCUGCUGUGCAUUGCACACUCGCCGAAUCUCAGCUGUCAUUGUGGCCGUUUUUAAACGCACAUGCUGUUUGUAGCGGUGCAUAUGCUGCCAUGAGUGCUUUGUGUCGCCUGAUCCAGAGAGGACUGCUGAGCGGCCGGCCGUCGUGUCGUUUAUUCCCCGGACAGCAGGAUGUGUGCGGGGUGGCUCCCAUCCGGACAGCCAGCUCUUCCAGCCCAGUCAACUUGACCUAUGAUGUCUUCGAUGGGAAGGGAGAGAGCACUCCCCUGGUGUUUCUCCAUGGCCUUUUUGGCAGCAAAUCUAACUUCCACUCAAUAGCGAAGUCCUUGGUGCAGCGCACAGGCCGAAAGGUGCUGACUGUAGAUGCCCGUAACCAUGGCAACAGCCCUCACAGCUCGGUGCUGACCUAUGAAGCAAUGACCGAUGAUUUGAAACACCUCCUCGCUCAGCUGCGCAUCGAGAAGUGCGUCCUCGUUGGCCACAGCAUGGGUGGGAAAACGGCCAUGACGACCGCCCUGACGCAGUCUGGUUUAGUGGAGAGGUUGGUGGUAGUGGACAUCAGUCCAGCCCAGACCACUACACGCACCAACUUCCGCUAUUACAUCCAGGCCAUGCAGGAGGUGAAGAUCUCCAGUGACAUCCCACGGUCCACUGCCAGGCGGAUGGCUGAGGAUCAGCUCCGCAGUUUGGUCAAGGAGCGCUCAGUGCGUCAGUUCCUGCUGACCAACCUGGUGGAGCAGAACGGCCACUAUGCCUGGAGGGUCAACUUGGAUGCCAUCUCGGCGCACCUUGAGGACAUCAUGAGCUUCCCCAGUUUUAACACCAUCUAUGAGGGACCUACACUGUUUUUGGGUGGAGCCAGUUCUGCUUAUAUCAGCUCCGAGGAUUACCCAGAAAUCCAGAGGCUGUUCCCUAACGCCGACAUCCAGUACAUCCCAGACGCGAGCCACUGGAUCCACGCAGACAAACCCUUAGAUUUCAUCAGCUCCAUCAGCUCCUUUCUUCAGUCCUAGCUGCCUCCUGCCUACACCCCAGAACUUUUUUUAUGCUCAGCACCUCUGAGCGUCCCCUCACUGAAAAUGAAGAUUAGAAUUCAGCAGCUUCAGCAAGAGCGAGUGGAGUCAUUAGUGAUGCUAAUAGUUGCCACUUACCAUUGCCAUCACUAAUGACUCACCCCUGAGUCAUUAGUGAUGCUAAUAGUUGCCAACACUGGACCAAACUCACCCUUUUACAGCAGUCAGUUCUUAUCUUCAAACAAACGUAGUGUAGUGUAGGUGAACUUUUCUUUUGUUUAGUCUCUCUGUCAGACAGGUAGUGUUAGUAGAUUGGCUGGUUUCUAGAUGUGUUUUCAUUGAUUUUUAGACUGGUAGGUAGAAAAUAGUAAUGAAAAUAUCUCCAGUUUAACAUAACGGGGCUGUUUUGGAGGUGAUGUACUAAUCCAAAGAAACUCUCAUUUGCACAGUGCUUUCUUUAUGUUGAAACAUGUAUACCAGUAUAAGAAAAAGUGGCUUUAGGCCAAGUACAAUCUGCUUGACUGCUGAAGUGGACCAGUAGUUAAGAUAGUUGGAUAUGAAAGUUUUGACAGCACUGGAAUGAAACAAAGAAACAAUAAGUGUUUCUUUGCAGGAGGGAGUUUGGUAUCAUGUGUCAGGAGGUUGGAGCUCUGCAAAGAGGCUGUAAUGCAAACUUUAUGUGUACAGAUGAUUUGUUGUAGAUUUGUUGUAGAAACUUAUUUUAAUGUUGAUAAUAGUGAUAUAUAUAUAUAUAUAUAUAUAUAUAUAUAUAUAUUCAAUAUUUGGGUCCGGAACGUCCUCUCCUCUGUAUGUCAGAGAUGAAGAUUUACAGGACGGUUACUUUGUCACAACUCAAGGUCAUCGAGAGUGCUGGUUAUAUUUUUAUGCCAACAUAAUCCUCUAUGAAAACAACGCUGAAACACUCAAAUGCAGCAUUGCUACCAUCUGUUUCCUGAGUAUCUCAGGUUACAACUGGAUAUGCUAGUUAUUAUACACUUAUACUCUUCUCCUGUCUGUCUGGCAGUAAGCUGCGGUAAUGUUGUUGUGUCUUUGUAUUUGGUCAGUCCAAUCAGUGUUUUGAUGAAACAUGUUUUACCGAUUUAUUAUCUGUAUCUCACUUAUCUUUACAACUAAGGCGCAAGGCUAUAUGGGUAUCUCACAAAUAUAUGCUGCAACAAUGUACGUUGUUAUCUAAUCGUAAUAGUGUUAAUAUAAUUUCUGUUUCCAUGGGUUUCAACAGUACAGUCCACAGUAGUGAAACUGCCAUCCGUAUGAAUAAGCAGGGUGUGGUAAAUUUGUAUGUGCCUCUUUUGUCGAGAGCUCCUUUUCCAUUUCUGUAAAACUUGAUUUAAAAAAAAUCCUUUUAUUCUACAAUAAUAACUAGCAGACUAGAGAUUGGCAGCUGGGUUGCCAGUUCUGUGUGAAUUUUCUCACAAGGAAGCUUAACAGAUGAGGGUGUAUCCCUUCAUGGCGCUAGAUGUUUACUACAAUCAGUGUUUUAUGUUUGUUUAAUGUGAAUACAGAAGUCUUAAAGGCUUUAAAUUACCAGAAUUAAGUUGAGUGAAACUCUCUUUAUUUUAUUCUUUUGAUAAAGCUCCAGUUAGUGGAGAAAUACCCCCUUGCCCUCCUCAACCACAGGACAGAUUUGUCUUGUUGCACAAUAUGAAUAGAUUGUUGGGGGGUUUGGUAUCGCUGUCAUUUCAAUGCAGGCCCUGCUUCAGCUUCUGUAGUGUUGCAGUGGGACAAGAAUAUGUCAAAGGGGAACUCUGUGUAAACAAUAUAGAAAAGUGAAUUUAUUCAAUCACAUUGAAAAGCUGAAUACUGUAAUCAUCUGUUCAGGAUUGUAUAUUGUUUCACUAUGAGCAUGCCUUUUCUCUUGUCAUCAGAUGUAAAUUUGCUGUGCUAUAUACGUCUCAGUUUGUUGAACAUGUUGCCACAAUGGUGGCACUCAUUCUAGAUAAUGCCAUAUAUAAAUUUUAAAUGUGAGCAGGAUGCAUAUAGGAGUGGAUUAUAUAUCAUUGAAAAUGUACAAACUAAUAUUAUACAAUAAAAUGGCAAAAAUCUGCAA